UUUUUCUAGUCAGCAGUCGAACGACAGACACGACAGACGAAGACCUGUGUCCAUGUGUUGUUGCAGUGCACUCUGAAAAACGAAAAUGAAGUCCGUGAAAAAGAUCACCAUUGCUCUGUUUUUUAUCACAUUCAUAAUUUUUCAUUUAGUUUUAAUCAAACCGCACUUGUUAAACAGCAAUCUCAUUCAAGAAGAAGCAUUGCCUAGCAGUUCAACAGAUUCGCUACCCAUUAAACGAAUCAUGAUUGUUACGACGUGGAGAUCGGGUUCAACGUUUGUGGGCGACAUCAUUAAAAGUGCACCUGGCGUUUUUUAUUCAUUCGAGCCUUUAUUGUAUUUGGAUCAUCAUCCAGGAUCGAAAGCGGCACUAAUUCAAUCCAUUUUCCAAUGCCAAUUUUCCGCCGAUUUCCUGCGUAGCGUCAAUGGACUCAGUGGCCUUCCUAAUGACAUGCGAAGGAAUAGACGAGUUUGGGAUGAGUGUCAUUAUAAUCGCUCAUUGUGUCAUGAUCCACAAUUUGUUGGUAGUUUGUGCUCCUAUUCACCCGUUAAUCUCAUCAAAACUGUUCGAUUAAGGGUCAAUGAGCUCAUAACGUUGAUGAAAAAUGAUAUUUCAUCGAAAGACUGGAAAAUUAUUCACUUGGUACGUGACCCUCGAGGCACAAUGUCUUCUAGGGAAGGAUUAAAUUGGUGUAAAGUUAAUCCGGCUUGUAAUGAUGUUAAUCGCCUCUGCACCGAAUUGGUUGAAGAUUUGGAAUUGAUUAAAGAACUUGCAACUCAAUUUCCAAAUCGCCAUUACCUGGUGAAAUUUGAAGAUCUUGCCACCAACGUCGAGACGGGGACAGAAAAAUUGUUUGAAUUCUUGGAGAUGCCUGUCCUUCGACCGACCAAAGCAUUUUUGGACAGUCACACGAAAUCCAAUGAUCAAAAAUUGAAAGAAGAUUUCCUGAAUUUUGAUCAUUCGACAUUUCGUAAAUCUGACGUUGUCGCUUACGGCUGGAAGACCAAAAUGGACGUCAAACUUAUCGCCAAUAUUACCAGUAUCUGUGCAUCCGCAUUAAACGCGCUUGAUAACAUCUAAUAUGCCAUUAGUCAUAAACGCCACAGUUUUUUUUGGCCAAUUCUUCCGAAUACACGAUUUUUUACUUUGAAA